AUGGCUGCCAGGGUGCUGCUACAGCGGCGAGUCGCGCCGCUGGCGGCUGCCGCACUGGUCGGGAGCGUCGCCUUUGCCCCGCGCAUCGCCCACGCUGAGGCGCCCAACGACCGCUCUAUCUCCCGCAAGCCCAUCUACGACGACGAAGACUUUGCUCUACCCCCGUCGAAGCCCUCUUCCCCCGCCGCUCUUACCCCCUCCGAGGCCCAAAAUGCCUCCGCCGCCCCUGUUUCGUCCUCCGAGCCGGAAACAACCACCACCAUCGUCGUGCAUCGCCCGCCGACGCCCACCGACCGUCUGGCCGCACAGAUCCGCCGCGCCCGUCUCUUCCUCUACGCCCAGUCCUGCGUGGUCGAGGACUCGGUCAACGAUUUCAUGUCGCGGGCUUUCGCUCUCGAGCAAUCCUUUACCUCGACACUCGCCUCGUUGGCCCCGUCCCGCGAAUCAGGCGAGAAGCUCAUGCCCGGCCUGAUCUACGUUCUGGUGUCGGGCAUGGCCGGCAGCAUUGUCGCGCGGAACAGGGGGGUUCUGCUUCGCGCAACGACGCCGCUUGCUUUUGGGCUGGGCGCGGCGUAUUAUGUGCUGCCGGUGACGAUGCAGAAUGUGGGGGGUCUGGUGUGGGAGUAUGAGAAAAAGUUCCCUGCGGUGGCGGACGCGCAUAUCAAAACGAGGGAGGGUAUCGAGCAUGGUGUGGCGAUGGCGAGGAUGCAUGCAGAUAUUGCGCAGCAGAAGGUGCAUGAUGGGGUGAGGAGUGUGAGGGAGGCGCUGGAGGAGUGGGUUAGGAAGGGAAAAUAG